AUAUUUCAGUGGGGCAAAAGCCUUUAGCAGCUGCAGCAUCAGGGACUUUGGAACCUUCCUGAAGCACGACGGAGGCGAGUGCCUUUUCAAUAGACCCCGCUUGAACGGAGCGUCCUACCGGAGAGCGGCCGUCUGCGGCAACGGCGUGGUGGAGCGCGGGCAGCAGUGCGACUGUGGUUUUGCAAUGUGUCCCCAGGCAUGCUUGAAGGAUAAAUGCUGUACUAAAAGAUGUCAGUUUAAGCCGGGAGUGAAAUGUUCCUCCGGAUUAUGUUGUAAUGAAUGUCAGUUCAAGCAGAAGAACUCGCAGUGCCGCCCCCCCGCCGACGCGCAGUGUGACCUGGCCGAGUUCUGCAACGGGUCCUCCGCGUCCUGCCCCCCCGACCUGUACGUGCAGGACGGGCACGAGUGUGAGCACGGCACCGGCUACUGCUACAAGGGACGCUGCCGCUCUCCGGACCUGCAGUGCCAGCGGCUCUACGGGAGAGGCUCCAAAAACGCUCCCGUGGCUUGUUACGAGGAACUCAAUAGUCAGCAGGACAGAUUUGGACACUGCGGGUUCCAGCCCAGACAAGGCUAUAAGUCCUGUGUUUGGAGGAAUCUCAGAUGUGGAAAGUUAAUCUGCACGUACCCGUACAGCACUCCGUUUCCAUCAGAGGCUGCUGCUGUUCUUUACGUCCAAGUGCGUGAGCAUUUAUGUAUAUCUUUGGAUUAUUUGAAUGCACCAAAAAGGCUGGAUCCUCUUCUGGUUCCGCCAGGUACAAAGUGCGGUUCUGGAAAGGUGUGUAUAAACAACACUUGUCACCCACAUUCUGUCCUGGGAUAUGACUGCGACAGCGAAGUGAAGUGCCACGGCCACGGCGUGUGCAACAAUAAGAGACAUUGCCACUGCCACCCUGGCUGGAAGCCCCCCGACUGCCUACGGAAGGGAUCCCGCCUGGGGGGAAGCAUCGACAGCGGCCUCCAGGAGACGGAGGGUGGUCAGUACCCGUCGCGGAG